AUGGCGUUUUCUAGUAAUCUAAACUGGAUACCUCUUUGGUCAGCAUUGCUUACAGUCUUUGUCACUAGGGUUAAUGGCAUUGAUAUCUAUUUAGAUUGGAAUGUUUCCCUCAACGAUGGUUUGAUCCCUUUGUUGGAGGACCAACAGGUUGUUGUAAUCAAUGGGAUGUUUCCGGGGCCUUUGAUUAAUGCCACAACCGAUGAUGUUGUUCAUGUCAAUGUAUUUAACUACAUGGACGAACCUCUACUCUUUACAUGGAAUGGCAUACAACAAAGACGAAAUUCAUGGCAAGAUGGAGUUUCAGGCACAAAUUGUCCAAUCAAACCAAUCAAAAACUGGACUUACGUGUUCCAAAUGAAGGAUCAAAUCGGCACUUUCUUCUACUUUCCUUCCAUAAAUUUCCUGAAAGCUUCGGGUGGAUAUGGACCGAUCCGAGUUAACAACAGGGACAACGUCCCUGUCCCUUUCCCCCAACCCGAAGCUGAAUUCGAUCUUCUUAUUGGUGAUUGGUAUUCUGGUGACUACAAGCAUUUCAGGAAAAUGUUGGAAACAGAGGAGAGUGCAUAUGAUGUCACCCCUGAUACUAUCCUAAUGAAUGGGAUGGGCCCUUUUAUAGAUUCAGAUUCACUUUGGUAUGAAACCUUCACGGUUGAGAAAGGGAAGACUUAUAGAUUCAGGAUAUCAAAUAUUGGAGGCACAUUGAGCUUGAAUUUCAGGAUUCAAAGCCAUACAAUGUUGUUGGUCGAAACAGAAGGAUCUUACACCAAUCAAAUUACCCUGAAUUCCCUUGAUGUUCAUGUUGGCCAAUCUUACUCUGUUCUCGUCACAGCCGAUCAAAACGACGCGGACUUUUACAUCAUUGCAAGCCCUAAAUUACUCUAUGCCACCGGCAUCGCCGGCGUCGGUAUUCUUCACUAUUCCAAUUCCACCACACUAGCUGGCGGAGCUCAUCCUAGUGGACCUGAUGCUUUUGAUUUGGGUUUCUCGAUGAAUCAAGCUAAAUCCAUCAGGUGGAAUUUAACCACAGGGGCAGCAAGGCCAAACCCACAAGGAAGCUUCAGUGUAUCAAACAUAGCACUGUCUCAAACUUUCAUCCUCCAAAGCUCAAGAGCUGAAGUCAAUGGCCAACCACGCCUUGUUGUCAACAAUGUGUCUUAUUUCACUCCGGACACGCCGCUGAAGCUGGCCGAUCACUUAACUAAUGGUACGGGUGUUUACGAACUCGAUGAAUUUCCAGUUCAAUCGGUCAACUUUGAUACUUUGUAUGGAACAUCCGUUGUUUCCGGUAAUUAUAGAGGGUGGAUUGAACUUGUGUUUCAAAACAACAUGGAUGACAUGGAUUCUUGGCAUUUAGAUGGUUACAGCUUCUUUGUUGUUGGGUUUGGAAACGGACAUUGGACACCGGAUGCACGAAACACGUAUAAUACCAUUGAUCCCGUGGCUCGAUCGACGACUCAAGUUUAUCCACAUGGAUGGACCGCAGUUUAUGCGUUCUUGGACAACCCCGGGAUGUGGAAUUUGAGGUCUCAAACUCUAAAGAACUGGUACUUGGGUCUUCAGCUUUAUAUCAGAGUCUACGAUCCGGAUCCUAACCCUGCCAAGGAGCGCCCUCCGCCCGAAAAUCUCCUGUUUUGCGGUGAGUUUCACUAUCUCUUUGUUGCAUAUAGUUACAUAAAUCCUAUCAUUUUUCAAAUGUGA